AUGUCUCACACUGCAAAAUCGAAAACGCUCCAAGAGCUGGAUAUUGAGGAUAUUAAGGAGACCAACCCUUUACUUAAUCUGGUCCAAGGACAAAGAAUUGUUCAGGUCCCGGAACUGGUGUUAGAGUCUGGUGUGGUGUUAAAUAACUUUCCCAUUGCUUAUAAGACAUGGGGCACACUGAACGAAGCCUGCGAUAAUGUUCUGGUCAUCUGUCAUGCCCUGACAGGAUCUGCGGACGUCGCAGACUGGUGGGGCCCACUUCUGGGCAACGAUCUAGCAUUCGACCCAUCGAGAUUUUUUAUCAUAUGUCUGAACUCUAUGGGCUCUCCUUACGGCUCGUUUUCACCAUUGACGAUAAAUGAGCAGACCGGCACUCGAUAUGGUCCCGAGUUUCCAUUGUGCACUGUGCGUGACGACGUCAGGGCCCACAGAAUCGUUCUAGAUUCUCUAGGUGUGAAAUCAAUAGCGUGCGUUAUCGGCGGAUCCAUGGGAGGGAUGUUGAGUUUGGAGUGGACUGCCAUGUACGGUAAUGAAUACGUGAAAAACAUGGUUGCUCUAGCGACUUCGGCAAGACACUCUGCCUGGUGCAUAUCGUGGUCGGAGGCUCAAAGACAGUCGAUAUACUCAGACCCCAACUACCUGGAUGGUUACUACCCAGUGGAAGAGCAACCGGUAGCUGGGUUGUCAGCUGCACGUAUGUCUGCAUUGUUGACAUAUCGAACUAGAAACAGUUUCGAAAACAAAUUUUCCAGGAGAUCUCCCUCGAUAGCCCAGCAACAAAAGGCCCAAAAAGCAGAAGUGCGUAAACCCUCCACUGUCAGUGAGCAUUCCUUACAAAUACACAACGACGGUUACAAAUGUAAAGCCAAUGGUGCCAUUGCUGGCAUCUCAGGACAGAAGCGCCAAAGCGUGGUCUCUACUACAUCGUCUUCGGACUCAUUAACUUCACAAUCAUCGAUGACUUCGGUAAGCUCCGUCACCGGUGAAGUGAAGGACAUCAAGCCUGCUCAAACAUAUUUCUCUGCACAAAGCUACUUGAGGUACCAAGGUACUAAAUUCAUCAACAGGUUUGACGCCAAUUGUUACAUUGCCAUUACGCGUAAGCUGGACACGCACGACCUAGCCAGAGACAGGGUGGAAGACAUCACGAAGGUACUUUCCGCCAUCGAGCAGCCUUCGCUGAUCAUCGGUAUCCAAUCUGAUGGGCUUUUCACAUACUCCGAACAAGAAUUCUUGGCUGAAUACAUACCGAAUUCGCAACUGGAGAAAAUCGAGUCUCCAGAAGGCCACGAUGCCUUUUUGUUGGAAUUCAAGCUGAUAAACAAACUAAUUGUGAACUUCUUGAAAACCAACUGCAAGAAUAUCAUGGAUGCCAAACCAAGGACUUGGGGAGGAGAUGUUGGUAACGACGAAACGAAAACAUCAGUCUUCGGCGAGGCGGAGGAAGUUACCAACUGGUAG